AUGAAGAACCACGCCCAUAGGUAUGCUGCGAUAGCUGCGAUAGGACAUAGGUCAAGCGACCGGUGGUGGAGACAACGCAGAGAACUCGAAGUGAAAACGGACAAAGAAUUUACUCCGGAAACAGCGGUGAAGACGAUGCUCGAAAGCCGUGAAAAAUGGGACGCAGUGUGCAGCUACGUGGUCAACGUUCUCAAAAUAAGAGAGGAAGAGGAACGUCAACGUCAGCGGGUUCAACGUCAGCAGGUUCCAGCAGAUAAUUAG